ACACAUGUAUAAAUGACGAAGAUAUGGUUGGGGAGAGGGGGGUUUGGCGUUACUUGCAUAUCAUAUACUGUCAGUUCCUGCUUUUUAUAUUCACUUUGAGUACCUACGAUUCUAGUACAAGUUCCAGAAGAUCUGAUCCGUAUAGUAUCUCGUCUGAAAUGUGAUGUCCCGGGUGUGAUGUCAGUCAAUCCCAAGUGGAAAGGGUCCUCUAUAUAUAGACUUGGAACACCGAUAGAUCGAGGGAAUGACGGUACGUGUUAAUGUUUCAGCUGUUUCUGCCCUAUAACGCCAUAAUUUCGAUGGUGUAUAAUUCUGUGGUUGUCAUAAUCAGUAAAAUCCAUCAGGAUGGUGAAUGAGCUAAUGUGGCUGUAAUAUCAUGUUGUGGGCAUGGUAUAAAGACUCCUUCGAGGAUGUGCAUUUCGAAUAAAGGAAGUUCACGGUUAGCCUUCGGUGAAAUGUCACGUGUUAAUGAGUUGUGCAUAAUUAUGGACCCUCAUAUGAAAAACUUCCCCUAAUCAUGCUAAUAAAUAUUCAAUGAAUGCUACUACUUAUCCAGCAUUGAAUAGACCUGCACUGUCUUGAUCGAGAAGUUGGAUUACUUCAACUGGCCGUAACGCCGAGGAAGUCACGAUGAAGAUCUGGAUCAGUUUAACGGUCACAAUAUUCAUCAUCUAUGUCGUAUACAUAGUGAAGGGUGCUAAUAUUGCCGUAUCCUUACUUGUACCUGUACCGAGUAGCCAUGCCAGAGGUUUAUCAGACAUAGCAGGAGCUCUAACCAGACGCGGCCACAAUGUCACCAUCAUCACAAGUUCUUCCGAAGGAACAAAUGGUUUUUCGGAUGACACCUACAGCCGGUCCAUCCAAUACAAAUUCGAGUAUCCUCAAGAACUGCCACCGAAGGAGGAACUUGAAAAGGAGUUCCUUGAUCUUGCUUUCGAGUCGAGUGGGACAAAGCAAAUUAAGGUGUUAAGGUGGGUUUUUACCGUGAUACGACAUGGUUGUAAGUGUCUCUUUGACGACUCACGAACACUUGCUCAGCUCAAGGAAUCAAACUUUGACAUCCUCAUCGGUGAUGCCUUUGACAGUUGUGACGUGCUGCUUAGUAGUUACCUUGGAUUGCCCUACAUUGCGGUUACAACUGCUGAGAGAUAUCCAUUAUUCAACGAACGCGUGUAUGGUAUCCCCAUGCCACCGUCGUACGUACCAUUUGGUAAUUUCCCUCUGCCAAAUAGGAUGUCUUUCGGAGAACGCAUUUUAAGUUUUAUUGAACAUCACAUUUUUAUCAACAUCAUCGGGUGGACCCAUUUCAGAGCUUUGGACACGGUCAAAAUAAAGCACAAUAUCGCUCCAGGGAAAAACAUUCCUGAUCUUCUAGGUCGGGCAGAGUUAUGGCUGUGCAUGACGAACUUUGCUUUCGAUUUCCCCCAUCCCACCGCCCCUAAUUGGGUGGCCGUCGGAAAUACUGGGGAUACCCCCGCAGAGCCACUCGAAAAGGAUUUCGAAAGCUUCGUCCAGGGAUCCGGCGAACAUGGAUUUAUUGUGUUCUCUUUAGGUACUCAUUUUACUGAGCUUCCUAACCCAGAAAUGACCGAAGCCUUUGCGAGAGUCUUCAGCGAGCUUCCACAGAGAGUCAUCUGGCGUUAUACCGGACCACGCCCUCGUAACCUUGGUAACAACACAAUGUUGGUCGACUGGAUACCGCAAAAUGACCUUGUUGGUCACCCAAAAGCCAGACUGUUGGUAUACCAUGGUGGCGCUAAAGGAAUCUUGGAGGCCAUUUAUCACGCUGUUCCCAUGGUAAUCAUGCCAAUAUUUGCUGAACAAGAAUCUAAUGCUGUCAAGGUAGUCGUCAGAGGAAUAGGGAAACGGCUUCAGAAGGAUGCGAUCUCUUACGAGACAGUCAACGUUGUGGUGACGGAGGUACUUUCAAAUCCAAGCUACAAAGAAAACGUCCAACGAAUCUCUAGAAUCUACAGAGAUACCCAGUCCAAUCCAGAUGAUGUUGUGGUCUACUGGGUUGAACACAUCCUCAAAUUUGGAGGGUCACACCUGAGAACCAGAGCCUUGGAGCUUAACUUUAUCCAGCUUCAUUCCAUCGACGUCCUCGCUUUUAUCGUCGGGAUCGCACUCGUUAUCGCCUUCCUUCUCGUUUCAUGUUUUAAACGAUAUAUCGCUUGUUGCUUUAACAGAGAGAAAAUAAAAGUUGAAUAAUAACUUCAAGAAUUGACAUUUUGGCGUUGCAGAGGUGCUGUGCUCCAGUAGAUAUUUCGCAGGACCCUUACUCCACAAAGUUCGGGGUCAAAUCCUAUUACGGCACUGUAGGCAGCGCAUGUCCUUUGUCAAGGUAUUGAUCUACAUUUUGCCAUACACGACUCAGGUGAGGUUGUCUAUCUGGUACUGUUUAGUUGAAACUAAAGCGUCUAUUUGGCAUAGCGCCACGCAUCGAAAGAUACGUUACACAAGGACCCCGUUGCAUAACUUGGACAUCCAAUGGUAUUACCACAAUUGAUCAACAGCCAAUCAAAUUCAAGAAUGCGAUGGAAGUUACCAUUGGAUGGAAAAGUUACUACCGCCUGGACAAUGAGCGCCGUUCUAAUCAUUUUUCCACUAUGCAUUUUUUCCUAUAAUUUGUCACAAUAUGUGCACUAAUACAACUCAGGGUGAAUACAAACCUUCUUCCGGAUGAUCAAAAUGUAUAGCCAUUAUUUUAAGCUUUCUCGCACGCC